GCUGUGGCAGAGCAUCAGUCGGGUGGCAACUGUCGAGCAUGUGCGUCCUCCCUCGUGUCCCUUAGUCGCGUCUCGGAAUCGGCACACAGUACAGAAUUGCAUGUACACCCCGGUACGCGAACAAACGGUGGACAGUUCGCGAACAUGUGAUUUUCACGGGGAGCAGAGUCCGUCGACGCGCCCGAGAAUCCCGUGCGUGAACAGUGAAGGUUCCCCUGGCCGGAUAUAUCGUUACCCUGCAGCAGCCUCGUUCGAGGGGGUGGAGAAUAAUGUUCUGAGCCGUGUGCCACGCACAUCAUGGUUGCUAAGCACUUCACGCAGGGCUCGAGCCCUGAGUUCGGUGUCCCGGACAUGACGGUCAUCAGCGACAUCGACGAAAAGGGAAUCAAUCGGAAUCUCCAAGUCCGUUAUGGAAGGGACCAGAUAUAUACGUACACGGGAUCCAUACUGGUGGCUGUGAACCCUUACAAAGAGGUGGACUUCUACACGAACGAGUACGUGAAUCGAUACCAUGGACAAAAGAUGGGCUCCCUGGAGCCGCACGUGUUCGCCCUGGCGGAGGCGGCGUACAGGUCGCUACAAGACACCGAGAGCAAUCAAUCCUGCGUGAUAUCCGGCGAGAGCGGCGCGGGCAAGACCGAGACCACGAAAUUCAUCCUGCAGUACCUGUGCUCGGUGACCAGCAACGUGGACACGUGGGUGGAACAGCAGAUCCUCGAGGCGAACACCAUUCUCGAAGCGUUCGGUAACGCGAAGACGGUGAGAAACGACAACAGCUCCCGGUUCGGCAAGUUCAUGCAGGUCUGCUUCGACAGCAAGUGGAUGAUCAAAGGGUGCAUCAUUCAGGAUUACCUGCUCGAGCAGAGCCGUAUAACUUUCCAGAGCGCCGGCGAGAGGAACUACCACGUGUUCUAUCAGCUGGUCGAGGCUGGCACGAGGGACAAGGAAUUCGCGGAACAGUACAAAUUGUUGCCAGCCAGCCACUACAAGUAUCUCAAUCAGUCUGGUUGCGUGAAGAUCGACGGGAUCUCUGACUCGAAGAAGCUCGACGCGCUGAGGCUCGCGUUCAACGUGCUUCAGGUCGCGCCAGAGAUGUGCGAGGGUAUCUUCAGAGUUCUGUCAGCCAUUCUCUGGUUGGGGAACUUAAGUUUCGAGGACGUUGACGGGGAACGGUGCGAGUUAAGUAAGGAAGACGUCGAAAUUGUCGGCACGGUCGCCCCGUUGCUCGGCCUCCAGCUCGAGGAUGUGACGAAGGUGGUGCUGAUAAGGCAGAUAAACGUGCGGGGCAACAUCACCGAGAUACCAUUGAAAGUGCAGGAAGCCCGUGAAAACAGGCACGCGAUGGCGAAAGCGUUGUACUCGCGAACGUUCGCCUGGCUGAUCAACCACAUCAACAACUGCACGAAUCCCGGCCAGGACAGCUCCAGGUUUCUCGGUGUCCUCGAUAUAUUUGGCUUCGAGAACUUCGCGGUGAACAGUUUCGAGCAACUGUGUAUCAAUUACACUAACGAGAAGCUCCACAAGUUUUUCAAUCACUACGUAUUCGCGCUGGAACAAGAGCUCUACCGACAGGAAGAGAUCCAAUACUCCCAUAUCACCUUCACGGACAACACCAUGUGCCUGGAAUUAAUCGAGAAACCUCCGCGGUGUGUUCUUAAGUUACUCACCGAGCAGUGCCAUAUGCCGAAGGGUUCGGACCUAGCUUACCUGACCAAUUUGCACGCCGAAUUCGAGAACCAUCCCUGCUACGUGAAGGGCGACGAUCGCCGCAAAUGGGAGAAGGAGUUCGGCGUGAAGCAUUACGCCGGUUGCGUGACCUACACGGUCGAGGGAUUCGUGGACAAGAAUCGUGAUGUGCAGCAGGACGUCUUCUUCGACCUGAUGUCGAGAAGCACCAACGAGUUCGUCCAGGAGAUCACUGUCUACCAAGAUCUCUUGGGCUGCACGGUGGCUAGGGCCAGUGGAAACGCGACGACGAUGUCCCGCGGGACGUCCAAAGGCAAGCCGACCCUUUGCGACUCUUUCAGACAUCAGUUGCAGGCCCUGGUCGACGUUCUCCAAGCUACCACACCUUGGUACGCGAGAUGCAUCAAGCCUAACAUGCAGAAAACAGCGAACCACUACGACGAGAAGCUGGUCCUUGAUCAGCUCAAGUAUCUGGGCAUGUUGGAUAUCAUUAGGAUUAGGAAGGAAGGCUUCCCGAUACACAUGGCCUUCCAUGACUUCGUUGCUAGGUACAAGUGUCUCGACAGAGGGCACAUACCCCGAUUCGACGACGACAAAGAAGCUGUUAGAUGUUUGAUCAGCAGCCAAGGUAUUCCUGAGACUGAAUGGCAGAUUGGUAAGAGCAAGGUAUUCUUGAGGAGCUACGUGCACGAGCCUCUGGAAGACUCUAGGAACCAGAUGGUCACUAGUAACGCGAUAAUGAUACAGAAGAUUUGGAGAGCCUACGUUGUACGGAAAGAAUAUAAACGCAUCAGAGACGCUGCGCUUAAAGUACAGCACGCCUAUCGAGGUUGGAAGCUGAGAAUAAUGUUCAUCCGGAAGCGGAGGGCAGCGAUUGUCAUUCAGAGUCAUUUGCGUGGUGUUUUCGCCAGAGAAGUGGCAACUGCCCUGAGGGAAAUGAGAAGGGUGGACGAGGAAAUGAGGAAGAGGGAGAGACUGGAAGAGGAAAGAAGGCUCAUGGAGGACAAGAAAGCGUUAGAGGAGAGUCAAAGCGCACAGUACAAUGGUAUUGUCGGGAUGGAGCCUGGGAAAGCGCAAGAAGAAAUCGCCGCGCUGUCGCAGAUGGCGGAGCAAAUGAACUCCAAAAUGGCUGCCUCGGACUUGCAGUCGGUGGAUCUGGACAAUCUGUUCUCGUUCCUUUCGGAUGUGCAGUCAACCAAGGGCAAUCAGAUCAUCGAAGAGAUCGGUGAACAAAUGGAUGAGUUAGUGGAAGACCUUGACGUGGAGUUGGAGACCGUGAUACAGAUGGAAAUGGAGAUGAACUCGAAGACCGAGUCGAAAGCGAACACUCCUAACGGUCAGGAAGCUCCUUCGCCGCCUCAGCAGCAAUCGCAGCCUCAGCAACAGAGGAUCGCAAGUGGAAACGCUAGCAAGCUUGGUCAACCGAGUCUUCCAGAACCCACCGAACCUCCUCCGCCGCCGCCACCGCCUGCUCCACCUCUAGCCAUGAAUGGAGACUCAUCCACGGACAAUGGGGAACCAAUUUAUGAAUCAGUUCUGCCGCGCGAAGAGAACAGUCCCAGCAGUCCUAUCGUGGUGAACGGAAACUCCGGGCCAUUGGUGAACGGCGAUUCCUGUGGAUCUCCUCCUCCUUUGCCGAACAACAAGGUCAAGGAGCAAAUCGCUGGCAGUCCACCUUCUCGGCCAGAGUCCAGAAACUCGAACAGUCACCACCUGCAUCACAAUAGCCACCAUCAACCAGUGCCUCAGCAGCAACAGAACGGCCAUGAUCAACAGCAGCAACAGACGCAGCAGUCUCAGCAGCCACCGGUCGAGCGUGAACAGAGGCGAAAGUGUAGAGUGGAACGCAAGCUUCAAGAACUGGAAGAUAAAAAGGAACCUGACAACGAAGUCACUUAUCACGACAUCGUGGAGUUCGCGCAGAAUUACUUCAACAGUCACGAAAGAUCUCCCGAAGGAACGAUAAUCGCUACGCUCACCAGAAAAUCGCGCGGCAAGAGUGUAGAGUACAUCCCUAAAUAUGAGAUGGUCACAUACUACAAGGGAUCUACAAUACCCAAUUCCCACAUACAUAUGUACGACCCUGACAAUGUUAAUGUAGCCUGUUCGGUGUUCAGGGAUCUCUGCAAGUACAUUAGAGGGGAGAUGAAGCUGGAUCAAGAGAUUGCAACCAUUCAAAGCAUAAUUGGUUACGGUAUAGAGCGUGAAGAGUUACGAGAUGAAAUUUUCGUUCAGUGCAUGCGCCAAGCAACGAACAAUCCUAAUCCAGAAUGGGCAGAACGAGUCUGGCUACUACUGUGCCUAGCGAUCGUUGCUUUCCAACCCAGCAAAUUGCUGUACAAGUAUUUUGUGUCCUUCCUGAAGAAAAACCUAGCCCUCGAAGGGAAACUGAGGCAGUACGUACAAUGGUGCGUGGAUAAUUGUAAAAACAUGAAGGUCUCGUGUAGACAGCAUCCACCGUCAACGGUGGAAAUCGCUGCGAUGAGACGAUUAGGCACCAUAGUGUGCCGGUUCUUCUUCCUGGAUGGUAGAACUAAAGCCAUUGACGUUCACCCGACUGAUACGGCUGCGGAUGCGGUCGCAAAAUUAGGCGAAAAAUUAGGCCUGCGGUCUUUGGAAGGAUGGGCGAUUUAUCAGAGUAGGCCUGACGGAGAGGAGCACGUCCGGGCACACGACUACUUGUAUGACGUCAUAGCCGCUUGGGAAAUGAAGCAAUGUAAAUUAAAUACAGCGCAGUCCACUUUCUCAACGCUGCGACGUGGCAACAAUGCCACCUUGGGCAGCGGCGACAACAGAUUCGUUUUUAAACGCAGAUUGUUCCGCAACACUCGAGAGAUUUCUCAAGAUCCUGUUGAAGUGAACAUGCUGUACGCUCAGGCUGUUUAUAACGUCGUAAAGUGCGACGACUUUCCCGUGUCCGAGAAGGUCGCGCUCCAAUUGGCAGGUCUGCAAGCGCAAGUCUCUCUGGGCGAUCCGAAGGACAACGAUCGAUUGGACUACUACAGCGAGGUCGAUAGUUUUUUGCCUUAUCGAAUAAGCCGUGCCCGCGGCGACGACGUCUGGGUGCCAAUAAUAGCUCAGGCGCACAGGCAAUACGGCGCUGGCCGGAAAGAACUCGCAGCCAAAGUGUUGUACCUAUCCUGCGUGAUGCAGUACCCACUGUACGGUACCACGAUGUUCAACGUCACCUAUCGGGGAUAUUGGUCUUACGGGAAUCAGCUGAUCCUAGGCAUUAAUUGCGACGGUUUGAUGCUGAUCAAGCCGGACGACAAAUUCGUCUUGUCGGAGUACCGCUACCAGGACGUGGAGAGUAUCAUGCUGGAUCCAAGCGACUGCUUCAUCACUUUGUCGCUCCUCCGACACAAUCCGGACAGCUCACACAAAUGUUUCGUGUUCGAAACAGCCCAGAAGAACGAGAUCGGCAGUCUAAUCGUGAGCUACUGCCCGGCGCUAGCCGGCUGGAUCACCGAGAACGAGGUUCCCACGAAGAAACUCAAAUGCAUCACUAACGAAGAUCGCAUUAGGCUGUACCACAAUUUAGUAAAUUCUCGGCGAACGCUUGUCGACGCGGAGAUAUUGAGGAAACCGCAGGAUUCGGGUGGCGGAUUUUUGAGGAACACUCUUAGGAGGCUGUCCAAGCACAGAAUAGAGAAGCUCAGGCAGGAACACGGCAGUGCUACCGAUCACGGCGAGACUUACAAAGGAUUCCCCUACGCUUAUUGGGCGUUCAGCAGGCAAGCUAUACCGCAGAGUUUAUCGAAGCUGCCCGAUCCGGACGAGCAGAUCUGCCUCAGUGUUUUCCAGUUGAUAUUGACCUAUGCGGGUCUAGGACAGAACGGGGACACUGUGAGGAGGGUAGAGGACGAGCACGUGAAUCUCAUACAAACAGUUAUGGAGCGUUGUAUAAGGAAGGAGAAUUUACUAGGCGAACUGUAUUUGCAAUUAAUUAAGCAGACCACAGAUCAUCCUGACCCUAACAGCCGGGUGAACCUAAGGCACUGGGCGUUGCUCUCUUUGGCCUGCUCCGUCAUUCUGCCGCCACAGAAAGUUAUUCGAAAGUAUUUAAUUGCUCAUCUGAAACGGUGUGCCAGCGAUUACGUCACGGAAGAGGGCAAGUACGCUCGGUUUGCUGAAAAGUGCCUUUACAAAACACAGGGCACAAGGAGGAGACAAUGGCCGCCGAGCAGGGAGGAGAUAAUGUGCACUAUCAAUCGCAGGCCUAUCUACGCGAGAUUCCACUUUAUGGAUGGACAGUAUCACGCCGUUGAGUUUCAUCCAUCGGCGACAGCCAGGGACGUGAUGGAGAUCAUCAAGGCCAAGAUCGGCCUUGAGGAAACAGCAAUGGGUUACGCUAUAUACGAGGUCCUAGGGGCAACCGAAAGGGCGCUGAUACCAGAGGAGAAAAUCGCAGACGUAAUGUCCAAGUGGGAACGUUACAGGACAGCGAACGCACAACAGAACCAAUCGCAGAGGAAACACGCACACCACUUCUUCCUAUUUAAGAAACAUUUGUUCCUUGAUCAGUAUAUGAAUCUCGACGAUCCAGUGGAGAAGGAGUUGUUGUAUCACCAAGUAUUGCACGAUUUGCGCGCGGAUCGGUUCCCAAUCACCGAGAAAGAGGCUAUGAUGCUGACAGCGUUGCAAGCUCAGCUAGAACUCGGCGAUUGUCAGGACCCCGUAUUCGAUCACGACUACCGCACUAUAUCAAGUCACUGCCUGCCGUCGAGACUUGUACCUAGUUUAUGCGUAGAAGGUGUCCUCCAACACCACCAGUCGUUAAGAGGGAUGACUCCCCCGGAGGCGAAGAAAGCGUUCUUAAAUUUAAUUCAAUCAUGGCCGCUGCACAGGGCCACGAUAUUCGACGUGAUGCAGUCGUUCACCUCGAACUGGCCACGCGUUCUUUGGUUGGCCGUCGAUCAGCAAGGUCUUCAUCUUUUGGAACACCGUUCCAGGAACGCUCUUUGUACCUAUGAAUAUAGCAGUAUUCUCAGUUAUAGUCCAGCUGUUAGUUGUUUGAUGAUUAUCACUGGUACUGAUAAGAAGCAGAGCAAGGUCAUUCUAACCACGUCUCAGGCACACCAAAUAGCGAAUCUGAUUCGCGAAUACAUGGACGUGCUGCAGUCGCCACCGGAAGUACCAAAAAGGGAGUCGGCAAUAGUGCAGCAGAUAAAUCAGCAACAGUUACAACCGCCAGCGAAUCUCCAAGCUCCCACCGGCGGCCGUAAAUCCAGACCUGCUUCAGUAUUGCAUAGAGGUGCUCCAGUGAUACAGUCGCAAGCUAGUUAGAAAGUUAGGCGAUUCGUUAAACGCGACACUUCUGCCUAGCCUGAUACGCGAACCGUUACCUCAUACGUAACACUUCUACCUUUGCCUCGUAUUCGUUCAGACGAUUUGAUUUUACUCGUUUAUCGCUAGUCUCGUAUCGUAUUUAACGUAAUAUCCCUCUGUGUUCUACAUUUUGUACGUUUCGUUCGUAGUCGUAUGUUUUACAAAGAACUUCAGGAUCAGGCUGCGGCGGGCAGGUGCGUCUAGUUAUUAAUGCUUUACUCGGCAAGGCCUAUCAAGGGGCGAAGCAGUCAUCGUUGCGACGGGACGGCACUAGCCUAGGAAUACUUCUUUCUUCCAGUAUUUAUUCAAUUAGCUUAGGAUCGAGGGUAUGUCGAAACGGAUAAUAGCUGCUGCCGUGGAGGAUAGACUAGCGACUGGACCGACCGUUAAACGAAUAACUGCCAUUUUACAAUUUUAAACCGUUGAUGAACCGUUGAAGACUUCUAAUUCCAUUUUUCUCCGUGAAACGUCGUUGCCUUUUUUACGAGUGGUUGUCUCGAUGUUUUUUAUACGAUUUUUGCAGCGUAUACGACUUACCAUCUGAUGCAAUAACUAUACUGAACUAAAUCGACGGAUCGUUCUCAACAUCGAUACAACAGAGUAUCGGAACACUUUGGCAUAUCAUUUCGUAUCGUUCGAUUGAACGGGUGAUUAUCAGGUUUUACCAGGAACGACCAAUUCAUUCUCUUCAUUAUCGAUUCUGCUUGUUUCCUUGAUCACUCUGUUCGACGAUACUACGAACAUAUAACGAUAUAUAAAAGAGAAACUCGGCGGACUUCCGGGCUCGCCGUUUCGAAAGUCGACGUUAACGUCUCGCAUAUUAAAGUCGCGCAAAAUUCACGUGCAUACGACCAUUAUACACGCUAUCAUCAUAUUUAGACACAGUUAUUCCAACGUAUAGCAAGCGAUAAUGUGUAAUCACUAAUUAGUAUCUCGAGAAGAGAAUCCUUCGAUAAUGUUUCAAAUGAAAGUCGAACGAUAAUCCGGUCUUCGUUUAUUCAGACAAUCUUUAAAGUCGCUUUUUCUCGUAAGACUUGUCACAGUGGAAUUACCGUUUAAGACGAAGAAUAACAAGUGUCCGUGAUUCAGACGCGAUCGAAUCGAUCGAAAAUGCCACGAAAUUGCGUCCAAAGAAAUUUCUUCUUCUCCUUCUUCUUCUUCUUCUUCUUCAUCGUCUCUUUUUUCUACUACUUGUUCUUCUACUUUGUUUUUAAUUCGAGAGCCCCGAAUCGCUCGAUGUCCUGGUAUGUAAAUAUAUAAACAAAACUUUUAAACGAUAGCGAAUAGGUUUCAGGAGCAGAACCCUCCAGUGUUCAAUUCUACUCUACGCCUACGUAAAUUAAGCAUAAACUUCACACCAGUACAGAAACAAAUACUAUCUACACACACACACACACAUUUUAACCCUUUCAAUACAAUCUCUUUCAUAUUCGUAGAGCGAGACUAGUAUAAUGGAAGCAAGCUCUCUCUAUUUACCGUUCACCAUUUAGAGGUACCGUUAGUUUCCACUAAUAUAUUAAUAUUACCGUUUUGACGAUGAGCAACGGCGACCGCUCAGAGAGGCGUAUUAAAAAACAUUCAAUAGUUAGAACAUUCAGUAAAAUGGGAACUCUAUGAUGCUAACUUUUUCUUUUUCCAUUUCGAGACUACAGUUGCGUGUCGUAUUUUAAAGACUUUUCAAGGGACACAGUCGGGAAAGGGUUAACAUAAAGUUAAAUAAGCAAAGUCCCUCUAAGGAUCUUUCGUCGAACACUGGAGCUUAUCGAAUCCUAAGUUCAUUCUUGGACCAACAUUUCGUCUAGAUGAAUCUCGAAUCGUUGCCGGAUCUUUCGUAAAAUCGUCACUGAAUAGGUCAUCGCUACUAAUUGGUACCUAUCUUUCGAUGCGCCCAACGUUCAAUGAUCUAAUCUCAUUCCACUCUAAAACUAGAAGAAAUUCCGGAUCUCUGUUCUUUCAACUGAAAUCGUUUUUAACGCAACCUUUCAACCAAUAUGGGAACAGUGAUACACUUGUCUUGAUACGUUAACACUAGAUCUACCGGACGGGUCAAAACGACCCAUUUUGAUUCCUUUCUUACGAUAAGUUAAUUUAAUAAUAACCACAUUGAAGUCGAUCGAGACACCGAUAAGACUUGCAAUUUAUAGGAAAAGAGAGAAUACUAAAUAACCGAUUCGAUCGCUUGGUAGUUCUAGUGUUGAAACCGUCGAAUGAAUUCAGCGUUGACCGAGCAAGAAUCGAGGGGUUCGUCGUGACGAAACGGAGAUAUUUGUGUGACCUCUGUAAUUCCUAUUGAUUACGAUUUCCUUUCCGGGAGUUUGGCUAAGAUUCGACGAGUGCAGAGACAGACUGUGAUCCGCUUUGGGUGUCCUUAGUCUUCGAGAGCUGUUUAACGAGUGAGAUUUCGUGUUAACUAAUUAGGAAAAAGGGGAAAAAAGGAAGCGAGCGUGCGUGUGGUUGCGAUAGUGAGACAAGAGUGCAUGGGAAAGUACGAGAGAUACGGCGUGAUAAGAUUUAAGUAUGAAUCGAGAAUGCAGUUUUGCGAUGCGUGCAUAAUACCUAAAAAGAAAAAUGUGAAGAAAGAGGGGCGGGGGGGUGAUGGUACGGCGAACCCCCGUAUGUGUAGCUUAAGCGAAAUAAAUUAUUGGUUGACGAUGUUAUAUUGAAAUAUUUAAAAGCGACGAACACUGUAUAUAAGUAUAUAUAUAAAUAGACACGCAUAGACGAAUACGCACACACUGUGAAUCACACGCAGGAACCACGAGACACUCUCAUACAUAUACUCUCAUACACACACACACACGACAGACUGUUGUAAACUCGAUGGAACUCGACAAUGGAACACGGUGAACAUGCCUACACGCGACGAGGAUAUACAUACUAUUAUAUAAAUAUGAAUAUAAAAUAUAAAUAUAUGAAUAUAUAUACAUAUAUUAUAUAUAUAUACAUAUAGAUUAUUAAUAUACUCGGGCUAUGUAUAAGAAUACAAUAAAAGAAAGCGAAGCUUUAAUAUUGCAAUUGGCGUGAGUUUCUCUUUCGACGACGGCAUGUUGACUUUCCGUCUCGCCCUGCUCAAGACUUUUUGUGAAAAUAGAUAAUGAGUAACAGAGGAUAUUGAGAGAUGGAUAGAGGAAGUUUUAAGUAAACAAGAAACGGUGUGAUAUA